UUGAAAUCAACCGUCUGUCACCUUUAAAAUAAACACUUCUUUGCUUGGUUGAGAUCCCCAGCCACACCAACACAUUUCUUGUGAGGCAGUUCCCAGCGGCGCUUUGGAAACCCCCCGCGUCGGACUGCUUUCAGUUCUUGCGUCUUUUGAUCCUUACUCGUAGGGACGAAGUCGACCGAGGAAGUAAGGGGGGGUCGGACGGUGCGAGGAUCGGAGAUGGAGGAAUACAUGGAGAACGUAAAGAGAUUGCGAACUCAGAUAAACGACAUCGAGGAGGCUGCGGCGAAGAGAUCGGUAGAGGAGCAGAAGCAGAAGACCGCGAUCGGCGCCUUGCAAACCGAUCUCAAUCUCGUGAGGACGGAAAUAAAGCGUUUGAACGAGGAGGCAGCGGAGAUGCUCAAAGCGCAAGCCCAGACCAGCUCCGAGAUAGCAGAGAAGCAAAAGAAGAUGUCCUCACUGGAGACGGAGUCUUGCACCCUCUCUCAGACUUUGGAGCUUCUCCAACAAGAAAUGACCACCACAACGCUGAAACAUAAAGAAAAGAGAUCAUACUAUGCAAGGGUUACCGAAGACUUGAAUCUCAAAUUACGGGAACAACAGGAGUGGUACAACUCAAAAAGGCAGAAGAUGAAAGCAGAUGCUGCAUCAGUUGAUGAUAAUGUAGAUAAAGAAAUUGUUCAGACCAAAGGGAGUGGGAAUGCUGUGCCCUCCAUGGGAGCAAAUUUGGGGAAUACGGGUAAUGACACCAGUGGGAGAAAUAAGGAUUUGGAAAUUGAAUUGGAGUCUGCAAAAACCAAACUUGCAGAAAUAGAGGCAAAAAAAUCUGAAGUUGCUAGAGAUAGCAUUAAGUCCAAGCAGCUGCUUGAGGAAAUGAGUUACAAAUUGCAGGCAGCCCCUCCUGCACUGAGGGAAAUGGAUGUCAAAGCCUUGGAAGAGGAACACAGAUCUUUGGUGGCUGAUAAAGCUGGGGAGCUGGAGUACUUGCAGUCUCUAAAGGAACGGAUUAAACAACUGAAGAACAUCUCACAUAUCAUCAAAUGUCGAUGUGGAAAGGAGUACAAUGUGGAGCUGGUGAGUUGAAGCUGUGGCUUGCAUCCGAAGCAGUUUCAUGGUCUCAGCACUGGAGAGUGAGAAUAUAUAGGUAUGUAGAAUUUCUUUUUCCCUUCGGUUUCUCUAGCAAAGGAGAAGGCAGUUGAACUUAAUACUGCUUGAUGAUGGUGUAACGGCAUAUAGGACAUACAUGAACAUUUAGAUUAGUGUCCUGUGAGCUUGUUUACAAGAAAGCAGAGCUCAAGAACAAAUUAGGUUGUUCAAUAAAUUGUCAUAGAAUAGAUUUGACUUGAAAUUCAUACAAAUAUUUGAGCCA